AUGAAUGAUGAUAAGCGGAUAGUUCCUUGGGUUGAUGCUAGUGAAUUCAGUGACGUUGCUAGGAAUGUAUCUUCGUGCGAGACGUAUAGACUUCGUCUAGCUUGGGAGACCAUAAAAAUAUGGUUGUGUCGUAUGCCAGUAUCCAAAAUACCACGGUCUAUAAUUUGCACUUAUGAACUUCUAAAUGCUUACUUUGAAAAUUCAAGCCAAAGUAUGGCACUUGCCCUCAUGAGGUUUGUCUCGUUGCUAUCUAGUGAGUCCCAAGACCGCGAGAGACCAAAUUUUGCACUGCCCAUUUUGUCUCUUGCUCGUGUAGCAGGCUUACCUAGCUGGCUGGCUGAUCUGCGCAAUGAUAUAGCACAUGGAAUAAUACCGUCAACGGACACACUAGAAAGCGCUUUUCGGUGGUCACUAAAAUAUCUAAGUGAAUUUUGGGCGUCCAACGUAAACCAUAACGAAGAACAGUUUGUCGAAUUAGAUGGGUUGUUAAAGUGUCAAAGUUUGGCUUUAACUAAAUACGUCGAAAAUUUACUGCAAGGAGAAAAGACAUCUCAACUCGAUGUAAAAGAAGUGUUCAGGAACCGUUCAAUAUAUGCUUGCUUUCCGUUGAUAGUAAAUACAAUAUGUAGUUAUGGCUGUGCUGUGUUCGUUGGCGGAAGUCCUCUAUGCAUCAUCGUUCAGAACCAGGCUAUUAAACUAAAGCCUCUCUUUAGCACGAUGCUAUAUCACAAGCUUGUUGGUGAGCUUGUUUUACAGUUCAUUCUAGGGUUGAGAGAUGAUAAUUCAGUAGACGACGACAUCCGACUAGAAUGGUGCAUUGCCUGGAUUAAGGCAAUCAAAUGUCGUGAGUCUGAAAAAUCGAUCCUGUGUGACUACGUAGAUGGCUUGUCAUUAGACUGGAGAUUAGCACUUAAUCAUAUUUUGAAACACAUGUGUAAUAAGUAUCGUGAUUUAUUCAUGGAAUUGUUGAUUAUUCGGGAUCCACCCAUACCGCAAGACAAGUUUGAAGUGAUCAUGAGCCAUAUCGAUGUGUUUUGCGGCUUCGAUGUACCUAAUACUCAUGAGCUUCAGACACAAGUGCGCCGGGGACAUCGCUGGGAGCUUGCUGACUCUUUGUUAUGGGCAGAGAAUCCGCUUGGAGCAAUAAUUCGUUCAUGUAAAACACUUUUUUAA